UUUACUUCCUGAUGCGAUCUUUCACACAAGUUCGCCAUAUCGCGUCUUGUUUGUUAGUUUACUGCAACAGCUGUACGGAUUCAAAUGCAGACUAUGAGCACUUUCUUACGGACGACUUGUUUGCUGCUCCUCGUGGCCUCUUCUUGGGGCCGCGUGCCCCCUCAUGACCAGGUGGCUCGCGUCGCCCGCUUCAUCGCCCACCGGUGCGACUGGACAUCCAUGGCCACCAUUAGUAGCCACAAGCCGGUGGUGGGGCAGCCCUUCUCCAAUGUGUUCUCAGUGAGCGACGGGCCGCGGGGCUCCAGCUCCGGCGUACCGUACAUGUACUUAACUCGCAUGGAAAUCUCCGUGCAGGACCUGGAGGUGAACCCGCAGGCAUCUUUGUCCAUGUCUCUGGCUCAGACUGGUUACUGUCGCCAGCAGGGCUUCGACCCUCAGAGUCCUCUCUGCGCUCACAUCAUCCUGUCAGGAUCUGUGCUGGAGGUGAACGGCACGGAGGCUGAUUUUGCAAAGAAAUCACUCUUCAGUCGUCACCCUGAGAUGAUGGACUGGCCAUCAGACCACAACUGGUUCUUUGCCAAGUUCAACAUCACACAAGUGUGGGUACUGGAUUAUUUUGGCGGGGUGAAGACAGUCAGUCCAGAUGAAUACUUCCAAGCUUCCCCAAAUGGGAAGCACAAUUGAUUGUCAGCACAUGCUCAAUGUGUUGCUGUUUGCAGUGGGUCAUGUGGUGAUUUCAAUGGAAAUGUAUGACAAAUUAUGUUAAAUUGAUUGGCUGCUGUGUGUGUGUGCAAAUAUCAUAAAUGCAGUUGCAGUUUUAGGGGGUAAAUGGGCUUGUUUUAAAGCUUAAAAAACAGUGUAAAACCUCAAACCUCAGGCGUGGGAUUUAAUUUGGUCUGAAAAAUCGCAAAAUUACCAGCUGUCAUUUUGCUUUUUUUUUUCUUCAGAAAAUGUAAAUGAUAUAUAUUUUUAAAUAUUGCAUAAUAUAUUGUUUGUUAAUAAACUGUA